AUGACCACAAAUGUUGCUGGAGAAGAGCCCACAGAGCAGGAGAAUGGAGAGCCCACAGAGCAGGAGAAUGGAGAGCCCACAGAGCAGGAGAAUGGGGAGCCCACAGAGCAGGAGAAUGGGGAGCCCACAGAGCAGGAGAAUGGAGAGCCCACGGAGCAGGAGAAUGGAGAGCCCACGGAGCAGGAGAAUGGAGAGCCCACGGAGCAGGAGAAUGGAGAGCCCACGGAGCAGGAGAAUGGAGAGCCCACGGAGCAGGAGAAUGGAGAGCCCACGGAGCAGGAGAAUGGAGAGCCCACGGAGCAGGAGAAUGGGGAACCCACGGUGCAGGAGAAUGGAGAGCCCACGGAGCAGGAGAAUGGAGAGCCCACAGGCCUGGGUCUUGUACAGCCCAUGGAGCAGGAGAAUGGAGAGCCCACAGGCCUGGGUCUUGUACAGCCCAUAGAGCAGGAGAAUGGAGAGGCCACGGAGCAGGAGAAUGGAGAGCCCACGGAGCAGGAGAAUGGGGAGCCCACGGAACAGGAGAAUGGAGAGGCCACGGAGCAGGAGAAUGGAGAGCCCACAGGCCCGGGUCGUGUACAGCCCACAGGCCCGGGUCGUGUACAGCCCACAGGCCCGGGUCGUGUACAGCCCACAGGCCCGGGUCGUGUACAGCCCACAGGCCCGGGACGUGUACAGCCCACAGGCCCGGGUCGUGUACAGCACACAGGCCCGGGUCGUGUACAGCCCACAGGCCCGGGUCGUGUACAGCCCACAGGCCCAGGUCGUGUACAGCACACAGGCCCGGGUCGUGUACAGCACACAGUUUGGGGUCCUGUACAGCCCACGUGGUAUGGAGAAGAACAGUUGCCCCCACGUCAACCUGGUCUUGAUUAUUCCCCCAUCUCAACUGAUCCUUCCUUCAACACUACUCCCGUCCAUCGCCCUUUGCAGUUCUCUUCACCAGCCACAUCCACCCCUCAGUUUAACAGCAGUCUCCGAUCACCCCUUCACCAAAUCAACAAUCUGACGACUAAUGCAGAAACCACCAGGCGUUUCAAGUACCCACUGCAGACCCCUCUGAACACAGUGCAGUCACCCGUCCCACUGGGGUCAGGGAACUAUGGAGUUGUCAUUUUUCCCAGUCAGUUGCUCAAUGCAGAACUGACUGGGAGAAAUAGUCCUAAGGCCUACAUGAAGAAGUUGAUGGAUUUUUAUUUCACGAGGGAGGUGCUGGCUGUGUCUAAUUAUAAAGGAGGAGGAUCCAACGGAUAUGCAGCUUUAGACCAGGACAUCAUGGGAGCCAUUGUUUCCGCAACCCUCACCAAGUACCCGAACUGCACGGAAAUGAGUAUCAGCAGUGAAGUAGGCAACAAAUGUGUUAAGGCGAGAAAAUAUUUCAAAAAUAAAAGGGAUGGGCCUAGGUGCUUCAUGGAUAGCUCAUUGUAAAGCAGAAUUUGGUACAAUGUAUUUCCUACCUUUAGCCUAGUACUAGAUUUUUAGCAAUGUUUGUGGUUACAGUAGGUUCUAAAAACUAAAAGUCUAUAAGUGUUUUGAUGUCACCCCAUAUGUUAUGAUACAGUUUUAACGUGAUUAUGCCAUGAUUUUUUUUCUUUUUUGGCCUGCUCUGGUGUUUCUUGUGUUUAUCAUAGGCAUAUAUUGUAAUUUAACAGGAAGUCAUUCAAUGCUGUGUCAACUUUCAACUUAAAGCUGAUGUGUAAAACAAGAAAGUAUGCUACAAUAAUAUGAAUUGUAGGUAAAAUUGCAGGCCAACAACUGCUCUGUGUAUAUAGACAACAGAUAGAAUUGUGUAACACUGAUUUUGUUGACUUUUGUCAUGUCAAAAGUGGUGGGCUGGAAUAUAUACUGCCCCUUAUCUGUUAGCUUCUACAGCAAGCAUGUACCGGUAUGAUGCAGGCCAAAAAAGUAGGAACUGAUUCAGAAAUUAUCCAGAGAAGUCAUGACCUUUUUGUGAACUCCUUUUUUUUUUAUCAAUAUCAGAUGUGACUCAGCUCUGAGAAAGUUAAGCUUGCAGCCUGGGUUACAGUGCCCUGUGUAAUAUACCGUGAAAUAGGGGUUAAACCUGACAGAGCUGCCUGCACUCAACUUACUUAAUUUACACUUACAGAGGAAUUUCUUUGGAUGUUUCCUCAUUGUGACUUUGAGACCCUGGGAAAUGAACAGACAAGUGAAAAUCAGUGCACUUUGCUGGUUGGCAGAAU